UUGUAAUAUCCGCUUUAUAUACACUCCGAAUUGACGUGAUUUUAAACACCCUUUAUCUCCGUGGUGGGAAAUCUUCGGAGAUACGGAUUUAAUCGUCAUUUUGCUGACAAAAAAUGUAAAACAAGUAUUAAACCCGGGCUGUAAAAAUCCCGCUCCGUGUUAAGGGUCUGAAUGUUGGGACGACUCGCGGCGAGUCCAGCCGCCCGCACCUGGACCGGAGUGAAACCGAAUACGGGCUGAACUCUGCAUGUGUGAAUCUGAGGUCUGCCAGAGAAGAGAGAGAGAGAGACGCCCGAGGUCAGGAGAGUGAGAGAGGAAAGCAGCAAAGGAGGAGCGAUAAUUAUUAUCGCAUGGCUCCGCAUGUCAACAGAGGCCGACAUCAGCGAUGCUCUAAUGCGAGGCUUCACGACGGAGUGAAUUACAUUGAGCUCCUGGUAUGUGUAGAAGACGUCCCUCAGACUCCUGAAGUUCAAACGCAGAUCAGCGCUGUCACUCCUACGGGUGCUGAAAUGUGAUUGGCAGAGGAGGAUUCGGGGGAGGGUACGGAGCUUUUCUGGACAUGAAGCCUGUGCUUCCAAAAUGCACAACUGCUAUCUGUCAGUCCGUGUGAUCGAGUCUCACCGCAGACAUCCUGGAGAGCAAAAGAAAGAGAAGCCAGAGGAGAGAGGCCGCGGCAGACCGGCGUGACCCCGGGCACCGCCUGAUGAGCGUGCGGUGAUAAAGCAGGAACUCUCACGGAUGAAGAUGGAAGGAAAACAGACUGUAUUUAUCUCUCGGCACACACGGCUCUGCCAGAGAUCUGCGGUGAUGUCAUACAGCCGCACCAAACGGAGAUUGAUGCCUUCUGCGCACAGAUCCAAGCGAUAUAAAUUGGGGAAAAGGAAAGGGAGAGCUUUGCUUCUGACGAAGGCCGCCAAAUGUGAGCAGAGCACAGCGUGAGUCUCAUAUCACGGUUGACGUGCUCUUCGUCCGCCCUUGAAUGUCUCAGACAGGCUUGCUCACUUAUUUCGCAUCGUGUCUUUCAACGGCUUCAUUUUGGAGUGAUGACUUCACUAGAGAGGAGAAUGGGAAUCAUUUACCAGCACAUGUCACAGCGUGACAUCAGCUGAACGUACCUUAGACUUUACCCACAAUUCAACAGGCCUGCACGGCUAUUAUCGCUUUUGGAGAGACAUGAUCUUUGCAAAAGACUCUACUUCUUCUGUGUCCAGUGACCAGCUUUGAGUCCAAAAACAUCACCAAGAUAAAGCUGUGGAAGAGACACACUUCAAGUUUAUUGCUCUCUAUUGAACACGUUAUUGCUUUUCUCCCCAUAGUUUCUGUCCCAGUUUUUAGGGAAAAAAGGCAAUGAUUCUGUGUCCUGAUGGAGAAGAGAGAUGAAGAAAAGACCAGACAAAGAAAGAGAAGAUGACAUGAAACCGCAAACCCUGCAGCCUGUUGAGAGAAAGUGUCAUUUAAGUGUGCGUACCCUGGGAAAGUUCAGCGCUAUAUACUGGAUAUGUACUUAUCCUAAAUAUUGUUUGACCUUCCCAGCGCGAGGCCAUUACUCUCCAUGGAGUCGAGCGCAGAUGGAUUUUUCAUUGCAUUAAUCCUCCAGAUCAGUGUUGGAUCAUCGCGCAUCCUUUCGAUCACUGCGUUCUGUGGUUUUGCCUGAGCUCAGAUGACGCUGCGCUCAAAGGCCAGCAUCCAUCACACAAACAGAAGAAAGACAGACAGAAAGACACGGAGAAAGACGGACACCACUUAAUGAGAGCACACUUUCCUUUUCUGGAAAGUAUACGCGUGGAGCACGUGGUUUGCCCUAAGUGGGAGUGGGAUGCAUCAACAGAUGCAUAAACACGCAGAGCCAUCAUCUCCCCUCUCUUUAAACUUCAGUGCGUAACUCCUCCUAUUCUCGCGUCCAAUUCAUUAUUGUGGUGUGGCCCUUUAAGACGGAGCAGCGGGUCACAAGUAGCGUAGUGUUUCUCUAAUUGAACUUCGCAAAAGCAAUCAACAAGAACUCGUUAGCAGUUACUCGCUGUUUUUGCUUCCUCGAGACCGCUUAUUUUCGUGCAUGCGGUCGCCCCCCUGGCCAGUACAGCUACACAUGCUGAAGAUCUUUAUGGAGAGCGCGCAUCGGACCCUCGUAACAGGACUAAAGUUCGGGUCGCUGUGACGCUUGAAGCAUGGUGCUUUUGGAGAGCCAUUUCAGAGCGAGGAAGAACGACGAUUUCGCUUAAAGAACGGGAUAAAGAAAAGGUUUUAUAUGUAUAAACGUGUCGCGUCGAACAUUUAGGUGACUUCUGUUUGCAGUUGUUUUUUUGGACUGAGAUGACCUCCAGUACUAAAGACAUGAAGGCAGGCUCCGUUUUACAGUCCAGCGGCGAGGAGAGGCGGCGGGGUCCCUUGGAUCAGCUCCCACCUCCGGCGAACUCCAACAAGCCCCUCACCCCGUUCAGCAUUGAGGAUAUUUUAAAUAAACCCUCCGUGAAGAAAUCGGUCAGUACUCUGUGCCCUCCCCGGGUUCUGGAGAAAGUGGCCGGCUCGGCUGCGACACGGAACGGGAUCAGCGCGCCCUCUUCUCCGUUAUGUGCUCUGGAAGAGCUGGCGAGCAAAACUUUUAAAGGGCUGGAAGUUAGCGUUAUACAAGCCGCAGAAGGUCGCGAACAUCUUAACGGCUUUGGCCAAAGACAGGCCUCCAAGAAACGAAGGAAGUCCCGCACAGCAUUCACAAACCAUCAAAUAUACGAGCUGGAGAAACGCUUUUUGUAUCAAAAAUAUCUGUCACCGGCCGACAGAGACCAGAUCGCGCAGCAGCUGGGUCUGACCAACGCGCAGGUCAUCACCUGGUUCCAGAACCGACGGGCCAAGCUUAAAAGAGAUCUCGAGGAGAUGAAAGCGGACGUGGAGUCGCUGAAGAAAAUCCCACCGCAGGCAUUGGAAAAACUGGUGUCCAUGGAUGACAUCGACGACCCUCAUGGUGGCUCUGGGCCCAUUUCGCCCAGUCUUUCCCCGAGAGCCUUUCCACAGUCCCCAUCGUCGUCGAGAGGCCAAACCACAGACGAAUUUUCAGAGGAGGACGAGGAAAUUGAGGUGGACGAUUAAAAAAACAGGCCCUCGUUUUCAGAAAAGGGCAUUUUUCACAACAUUUUGCACGGACGUUUGAAACUGCGGAAGAACUUGAAAUGCAAGGAAGGUUUUCUGUCUCCCUUAUUCUUAAUUUAUUGAAGGAUUGUAAAAGCUCCAUAUACUGAUGUCCAGACUGAAGACGUGGUUUAAGGAAUACGUGUUCAUAUCUGAGAAAUGAUUAGAGAUAAAUGGUACAGUAUCAAGACUGCAACAUGUGUAUGUGCAUUUUAAGCUUUAUUUCUCGACUUGAUUUUCGAAGGAAACGUGUGCAAUUGUUUACACUCAUGUUUCAAUACACAUUAAUGACCGCUAUGAAAACCUAUGCCAAAAGUGAAAUUCUCAUUUAAAUAGAUUUAUAUAUUUAUAAAUAAUUUCAGAAGUCCUCAGUGAAUUGACUUUACAUUGCAAUUGUAAAAACACAUUUCCCAUAUUUCUACGUUAUGUAUCCAAGUUCCUGGCACAAUUUCUAUGAUUGCUGGCAUUAUAAACAAAUGAUUAAAAAGUGCGUGUAUGUCCAAAGCAAUGCAAAGGCAAGGUUGUGUAUAUAUAUAACACGUUAUGAUGCAUCUAACUCGUUAAAUUUAUUGUAACAUUCUAUUUAAUCCUCAUUUAUGUAA